UGGAGACACCACUGGACUAUAUGGGACGCUCUCCAACUGAACGGCAUAGGAGAAACCCCCGGUCGAUGACUGCAGCGUCCUCGGUGAACGUCUGCGCGCGGUUCUUGCUUCCUCCACCUCUCCGGCAUCCACUGGCUCGCCUGCGGGAGAGGCCGGAGCGGAUGGCGCGGGCGCAGCUCCUCCUCCGCCGCUUGGCUUUCGCGGGGGAAGAAGCAGGAAGCGGACGGGGAGGAGGAGGAGGAGGAGGAGGGAGAGCCAAGCCGGGUCAGCUGCUGCCUUCGCCGGCCGUCUGAAGAAGCUGCCCCUCCUUGGAUGGUGUCGCCUCCAGGGGAGCAGAGCGCAGGAGACCCGUGGCCGGAGGCAGGGAGAGCCUGCUGGGAGCCUGGAUUCAUGAAAUGGCUACAGAUGACAAAACGUUUCCCACCCUGGAAUCUGUGAAUGAUUUGCCUUACUCCCCCGGAAGCCCGUCUCACCUCACGCACUUCAAACCUUUGACUCCUGACCAGGAUGAGCCUCCAUUUAAAUCUGCCUACAGUUCUUUUGUAAACCUUUUCCGUUUCACAAAGGAUGAUGGACGACUUGCACCCUCUGUCGAGAGAGCAGAGAUUGGGCAGGGGGAUCAUCAGCAGACACUGAAUGCAAAUUGGUCCAGCCCGGAACAUUCGUCAAGAUCUCAGUCAUUGCGUUCAUCCCCUGUAGCUUACAAAAAAACACAACCUGCUGGCGAGCUACAGCGACGAUCUUCCACCUCGUUAGACAAUCGAAGAAAAGAUCCUCCUCUUAGUGGCCAUGAUCCGAGGACAGCUGUUCAACUUAGAAGCCUCAGUACAGUUUUGAAACGUCUCAAAGAAAUAAUGGAUGGAAAAAGCCAGGACAGUGACCUCAAACAAUACUGGAUGCCAGAUAGCCAGUGUAAAGAGUGUUACGACUGUAGUGAAAAAUUCACUACCUUUAGACGCAGACAUCACUGUCGGUUAUGUGGGCAGAUUUUCUGUAGCCGAUGCUGUAACCAGGAAAUCCCUGGAAAAUUUAUGGGUUAUACAGGUGAUCUGAGAGCGUGCACUUAUUGUCGCAAAAUAGCCUUAAGCUAUGCUCACUCCACAGAAGGUAACACCAUUGGGGAAGACCUGAGCGUCUUAUCCGAUUCAUCAAGCUGUUUAUCGGUAUUGGAUCCCGGGGAACCCCGUACCCCUGUAGGUAGCAGGAAAGCUAGUCGUAAUAUUUUCCUGGAAGAAGAUCUUGCGUGGCAAAGCUUGAUUCACCCAGAUUCUUCAUCUUCUACCUUAUCAACACGUCUUGGAUCAGUUCAGGAGGAAACAGGGAAGUCUCCUGCACGGAAUAGAUCAGCCAGCAUAACUAACCUGUCUCUGGAUCGAUCGGGGUCUCCCAUGGUGCCUUCCUAUGAGACAUCUGUCAGCCCUCAAACUAACCGAACCUACAUGAAGGAAACCAGCGAGGAUGAACGCAAAAUUCUUCUGGACUCAGUUCAGUUAAAGGAUUUGUGGAAGAAAAUAUGCCAUCACAACAGUGGGAUGGAGUUUCAAGAUCAUCGCUACUGGCUGCGUACCCACCCCAACUGCAUUGUAGGGAAGGAGCUGGUCAAUUGGCUUAUAAGGAAUGGCCACAUCACUACUAGGGCUCAAGCCAUUGCAAUAGGACAGGCUUUAGUAGAUGGGCGUUGGCUGGAUUGUGUCAGUCACCAUGAUCAAAUCUUUAGAGAUGAGUAUGCUCUCUACAGACCAUUACAGAGUACAGAAUUUUCUGAAACUCCUUCUCCAGACAGCGACUCCGUCAACUCCGUGGAGGGCCAUUCCGAGCCGUCAUGGUUCAAAGACAUCAAGUUUGAUGACAGUGACACGGAGCAAAUUGCAGAAGAAGGGGACGACAACUUGACGAAUUCCGCCAGCCCUAGCAAGCGUACCUCGGUCAGCAGCUUCCAGUCUGCCAUGGACAGCGACUCAGCUGCUUCCAUCAGCCUGAAUGUGGAGCUGGACAACGUGAACUUCCAUAUCAAGAAGCACUCCAAAUACCCACAUGUGCCCCCUCAUCCUGCUGACCAGAAAGAGUAUAUGAUUGCUGACAAUGGAGGACAACAAAUGAUCUCCAUAAGCGAUGCUUUCAUCAAAGAGUCACUUUUUAACCGGAGGGUUGAAGAAAAAUCCAAAGACCUUUUCUUCACACCGCUAGGCUGGCAUCACAGCAAUCUGGAUCUGCUGAGGGAGGAGAAUGGGGAAAAACAAGCCAUGGAGAGGUUGCUCUCUGCUAAUCAUAACCACAUGAUGGCUCUCCUUCAACAGCUGCUAUACAAUGAAGCAUUGUCCCUGUCCUGGCGUGAUAUAAUUGUGCCAGUGGUCUGCCAGGUGGUUCAGACCGUUCGGCCGGACGUCAAGAACAGAGAUGACGACAUGGACAUUCGCCAGUUUGUCCACAUCAAAAAAAUUCCAGGUGGAAAAAAAUUUGACUCUGUGGUGGUGAAUGGCUUUGUAUGCACCAAAAACAUAGCACAUAAAAAGAUGAAUUCCUGUAUUAAAAACCCCAAAAUCCUUCUGCUGAAGUGUUCCAUUGAAUAUCUUUACCGAGAGGAAACAAAGUUUACAUGUAUAGAUCCCAUCGUCCUCCAGGAAAGGGAGUUUUUAAAAAACUAUGUUCAGCGAAUAGUGGAUGUCAAACCUACUUUAGUCUUGGUUGAAAAAACUGUGUCCCGACUUGCUCAGGAUAUGCUACUGGAUCAUGGCAUAAGUUUGGUCAUCAAUGUUAAGCCCCAUGUUCUGGAUCGAGUUAGUCGGAUGACCCAGGGCGAUGUAUUGAUGUCAAUGGAUCAGUUGUUAACCAAACCACACCUUGGGACCUGCCAUAAAUUUUAUAUUCAGGUGUUCCAGUUACCUAAUGAGCAAACGAAAACUCUGAUGUUUUUUGAAGGUUGCCCUCAACACCUGGGAUGCACUGUCAAGUUGCGUGGUGCAGGAGACUAUGAAUUGGCUCGAGUGAAGGAGAUCCUUAUCUUUAUGAUCUGUGUGGCCUAUCAUUCCCAGUUGGAGAUCUCCUUCCUUAUGGACGAGUUUGCCAUGCCUCCUCAGUUGAGCAAAAAUGGUUCCUUCCAGAGCCUGAUGGGAGAACACGGGGAAGAAGAUGGGCAGCAAGAUUUCCCGAACAGGGAAUUUGACUCAGCAGGAAAAGAGGCUGAUGUGGCCUCAGAUAAGCUGCCUUUCAUAUCUGAAUCUAUGUCUCUAGAAGAGAUAGGCUCCCAUGAACAACGGAUUUGGACAGAAGAGGAUGACCAGAUCAAUGGUGAUUUACAAGAAGCUGGUCCCCAGAGGCAGCAAGGGUAUCCUCUGGUGGAUUCCUUAUACAGAACAAAAAUAAUUUCUGAAGCCCUUUUACCUCUUAAUUUAACUGAACAACAACUAGGAAUCUUAGAUACCGAACAACUGGAAACUCUAGGGAUAAUUAAUGACUACCAAGAGCCUAAGAGUCAGGCCAGGGAGUUUAGAGAUCCUUUGCAAGAUGACACAGGGCUGUAUAUCACAGAGGAAGUGACUUCCUGUGAAGAUCGCCUCAAAACGUUUUCUUUAGCAUUUAAGCAAGAACUAAAGGAUGUUAUUCUUGGUAUUUCCCCAGUAAUCUCGUUCCGGGAGCCAUUUCUGUUAACAGAGAGCGGCAUGAGGUGUCCCACUAGAGAAUAUUUCUCAGAGCAAGUUUUUUUCUCUCCUCUGCUCAACAAAGAGUACAAAGAACUGGAUAUCAGAAGGAAGAAGCAAUUGUUAAAGGAUCUCUCUGGACUACAAGGGAUGAAUGGAAGCAUCCAGGCCAAGCCUAUCCAGAUUCUACCUUCUCAUGAACUCGUCAGCACCAGAAUUGCUGAGCCUCUGAACAGUAGCUCAAACCUGGCCAGGAUGGUCGCUGACUUCCGAGCCAGAGGAGGGAGGAUUAUGCAGAAAAACGCAGACCCAUUUGUCCAGUCUAAAGAAGCACCAGCUGUGAAAUUAGGAGUCAAGAGUGAAGAUGAUGAGAAAAUGUUCAUUCAGGGGGAAUCUCUAUUGUCUCAAAAAGUGGACUGUCUUAGCUGUGUAAACCAUCAGAGGCUGUGUGUUUUGUUCAGUAGUUCUUCUGCCCUAUCUGGCAAUGCUCCAAGUUCCUGUGUUAGCCCAUGGAUGGUAGUAAUGGAGUUCUAUGGGAAGAAUGAUCUCACCUUAGGAGUAUUUCUAGAAAGAUAUUGUUUCAGGCCCUCCUACCAGUGCCCAAAUAUGUUCUGUGAAACACCAAUGGUGCACCACAUCCGUCGCUUUGUCCAUGGACAAGGCUGUGUACAGAUCAUAUUGAAGGAAUUGGACUCUCCAGUGCCUGGAUAUCAGCAUACAAUUCUCACUUACUCCUGGUGUAGAGUAUGCAAGCAGGUAACACCUGUGGUUCCACUUUCCAAUGAUUCGUGGUCUAUGUCCUUUGCCAAAUACCUUGAACUCCGCUUUUAUGGCUACCAAUACACCCGAAGAGCCAAUGCUGAACCAUGUGGCCACUCCAUACAUCAUGACUACCACCAGUAUUUUUCCUACAAUCAGAUGGUAGCAUCUUUCAGUUAUUCUGCUAUAAGGUUACUGGAGGUAUGUGUCCCUCAUCCUAAGAUUUACAUCAAACGUCAACUACCCCUGAAGAUCACCAUGCUUCAAGAUCUGAAAGACUUUUCUCAGAAGAUAUCUCAGGUGUAUAUCGCUGUCGAUGAGCGCCUCACUUCUUUGAAAACAGACACAUUUAGCAAAACAAGGGAGGAAAAAAUGGAAGAUCUCUUUGCCCAAAAGGAGAUGGAGGAAGUGGAAUUUAGAAACUGGAUAGAGAAAAUCCAAGCAAGGAUGCUUUCCUCUUCACUUGACACUCCACAGCAGCUGCAUUCCAUUUCUGAAUCUUUAAUAGCCAAAAAGCAAAGUCUCUGUGAGAUGUUGCAAGCAUGGAAUAACAGGCUGCAAGAUCUCUUCCAACAAGAAAAAGGGAGGAAACGCCCUUCAGUUCCACCAAGUCCUGGGAGAUUAAGGCAAGGUGAAGAGAAUAAGAUCAGUUCAAUGGAUGCAUCUCCUCGCAAUGUUUCUCCAGCUCUUCAGAAUGGUGACAAAGAAGAUCGUUUCUUGACUACUCUGUCCAGCCAGAGUUCCACCAGUUCUUCUCUACUCCAGCUUCCUACUCCUCCAGAGGUUGUAUCCGACCAGUUGACAGGAGGGCCCACCUUUGGCAAUGUUCUCUCUGACCCAGAUGCAGCUGGCAGCUCAGAAGAUGUGUUUGAUGGGCAUUUGCUGGGCUCUAUGGAUAGUCAGGUGAAAGAAAAAUCCACCAUGAAGGCUAUUCUAGCAAAUCUGUUACCUGGGAAUAGCUAUAAUCCGAUUCCAUCCCCCUUUGAACCCGACAAGCAUUACUUAAUGUAUGAGCACGAACGGGUGCCUAUAGCUGUCUGUGAAAAGGAACCAAGCUCCAUCAUCGCCUUUGCUCUCAGUUGCAAGGAAUACAAAAAUGCCUUAGAUGAAUUAUCAAAAGUAUCUUUGAAGAGCAGUAUUGAAGAAGGAUUUCAGUCAAACAGUGUGGCUGAGAGCAGAGUGAAGAGUAACAGCCCAGUCCGACUAUCUGAAACGAGUGUGGGGCAGACAAGCCAAACAACUGAAGCCGAACAACCAAAGAAGCAGUAUGGAGUUCUGGCCUUCUUCCGCGGCACAGGAGGGAAAAGCCCAGAUCUCUCUUCUCAAAAAAAGGAGACCUUGCGUGGGGCCGACAGUGCCUAUUACCAGGUGGGGCAGACCGGAAAAGAGGGGGCAGAAAACCAAGGAGCAGAAAACCAAGAUGAAAUAGAGGGAGGUGAUGCACAGAAGAAGCAACUUGGAAACCCACAUGUUGAACUUCAAUUCUCCGAUGCGAAUGCCAAGUUUUACUGCAGGAUUUACUAUGCAGGGGAGUUCCAUAAAAUGCGUGAAGUGAUUCUUGGAAGUAGUGAAGAAGAUUUUAUCCAUUCUCUCUCUCACUCACUGCCUUGGCAGGCAAGAGGAGGGAAAUCAGGAGCUGCUUUUUAUGUGACUGAAGAUGACCGAUUCAUCUUGAAACAAAUGCCUCGCCUGGAAGUCCAGUCCUUUCUCGACUUCGCCCCACAUUACUUCACAUACAUUACGAAUGCGGUUCAGCAAAAGAAACCCACAGCUUUGGCCAAGAUUCUUGGGGUUUAUCGAAUAGGCUAUAAAAACUCUCAGAACAACGCAGAAAAGAAGCUUGAUCUGCUAGUCAUGGAAAACCUCUUCUACGGCAGAAAAAUGGCCCAGGUUUUUGACCUGAAAGGUUCUCUGCGAAAUAGAAAUGUGAAAACAGACACAGGAAAAGAAAGUUGUGAUGUGGUUCUGCUGGAUGAAAAUUUGUUGAAGUUGGUGCGCGAUAAUCCCUUGUAUAUCCGUUCUCACUCCAAGGCUGUGUUGAAGGCUUCCAUCCACAGCGAUUCUUACUUCCUCUCCAGCCACCUGAUCAUUGAUUAUUCUCUUCUCGUGGGGAGGGAUGAUACCACUAAUGAACUUGUGGUUGGAAUUAUCGAUUACAUUCGCACGUUUACUUGGGAUAAAAAACUUGAAAUGGUGGUGAAGUCCACAGGGAUCUUAGGAGGACAAGGUAAAAUGCCAACUGUGGUAUCUCCAGAAUUGUACCGUACUAGAUUUUGUGAAGCAAUGGAUAAGUACUUUUUGAUGGUGCCAGAUCAUUGGACGGGCCUGGGCCUCAAUUGCUAAGAUAAGAAGUGGUGCAGUGGAAUGAUUUCUUCUGAUUCAAAAAGGAUGUAACAGAGGACUGUCUUUCUACGUCGCCAUCCUCAGCUCGCCUCUGACAACAGCAACUCCAAAGGGUCUUCUGUUGCAGCCUUCGCAGCAAGGCUUUCGUGCCAUGUGAAUUUGCCCUUGAGAUAUCAGCACUGCAGUGGAGGAAGCGUUCGGUGCUCUGAAUCAGGAAUGUUACUUUCACAGAACCUGAAGUAGAACAAGUCUGGGACCAAGGGGGAGAGCUUGCCAGAAAUUACACGGCCUUGUAUUGAUGCACUGAAUAACCAGUGGCUUUUGUUGAACAAUCGAAAGAGUGGUCCUAAUAAUAGGGGGCGGGGGGGGGGGGGGGGGGGCGGCGGCAUGCUGGCCCCACUGAUUGCAGAUCUGAAAGUUGUCUUUAAUCAUGAGGAACCAAGAUAGUCUGUUAAUAGUGCUGCCCCUGUGGUAGGAGUUUAUUUUGUAAGUGUUAUUGUAUAUUGUGUAAUUUGUUAUGCACUGGAUUUAUUUUGCAACUUUCCUUUGAGCAGUAUUUUGAUUAUUUUAAUCAUUUCAUAACAUCCCAUCUGGUCAUUUGAAGCCCUUUUUUUAACGUUGUAAAAUUCUUGUGUGGUUCUGAUAUUUUAUUGGAGGGCUACUUCCCUUUCUGAAUUCUAAUUUAGGCUUACAAAUUUCAGAAAAGUCCUAAUAUUUAUGUGUCCCAAAGGUAAAUUUUUUCAAAUGGAGCCUCCGUGGUUGCGUGUCAAACAGUCUCAAACCACUAGGUGUUACUUUAAAAUAUGCCUUUAACUCUAUUCCAGGCUCUCUGUUUUGUCACAGCAAAAUAUUGGGAUGUUUUUGAUCAGAUUUUAUUUUAAUUCACUAACUAAUAAGCUACCUGAUAAAAACAUCAUCCUGGUUUCAUUUUAGCAUCAUUUGAGAAAUGUUCUAUUGAUGUUGCUGUGCUGCCACAUACUCAGGUUGUAUUAAAUAUAAAUUAGGCUGUUAAAACAGUUUUUGGCACCACAAACUAUUUGUAGUUGCGCUCUUAAAAAGAAAGGAUGUGGGGUAGGUAGUAAAUUAGACUUCAUGGUAAAGAUUUGGGUACUUUUACAAAUUGAGAGUAAGCACUUUUUUUAGUAUUUUUUGUAAAUACAAAAUGUU